CCUGAAGGGGCGAAGCCGCGGGGAGCACCGGAGGUGGAGCCGGCCCGGCGGCCGCUGCUCCCGGGACCCAGCCCUACGCGCGCACCCGGGCUCCUGCUCAUGCGGGGCGCCCCCGGCCUGGAAGAGCUCUCCCGGCCCGGAGCAGCUCCAAGCAGCGGCCCCGGAGGAAGAAGGAGAAGAAGGAGAAGAAGGGACAGUGCUCAGCCUGGGCGACCCGGACCCUCCCCGCGGCGUUUGAAGCCCCGGGCUGUCCGGAGGACUUCGUCUGGUAUCGGCGCUGGGACUGGGGCAGCGCCAGCCUGGACCCCGAUCUAGACGCCCUCCCCCCCUGCGUGUGACAGGCGGCGGCAUCUCCACGCAGCCCGGUUCUUUGCCGUCUCUCUCUGCCCGGGGGGGCACUCCCGGUCAAGGGCUCCUCUGUAAUGAUAUGUCAUGGGUACUGUAUUUUUCCCUGCUUCAAGGAUGCUGAAAGGAAGCUUGGAGAGGAUUCUUGCCGGAAAGUACUAUGAGGGAGGCCGAGGAUUUCAUGCUCCGGACAGAGACACGACACUGGGAAUAGGGAUUGCUACUUCUGAGAGGAUGCUGGCAAUCUGCAGAGGGAGACGGAAAUUCCUGGCUGCCUCUUUGACUCUGCUGUGCAUCCCAGCCAUCACCUGGAUAUAUUUGUUUGCUGGGAGCUUCGAAGAUGGGAAGCCGGUGUCCCUGUCUCCGCUGGAUUCCCAGGCACACAGCCCAAGGUACACAGCCUCCAGCCAGCGGGAGCGAGAGAGCCUGGAGGUGCGCGUGCGAGAAGUGGAGGAGGAGAACCGUGCCCUCCGCAGGCAGCUCAGCCUGGCCCAAGGUCGUGGCCAGGGCCACCGCCGUGGCAACCACUCCAAGACCUACUCCAUGGAAGAAGGGACCGGGGACAGCGAGAACCUGCGGGCUGGCAUCGUGGCGGGCAACAGCUCUGAAUGUGGGCAACAGCCGGUUGUGGAGAAGUGCGAGACAAUCCAUGUUGCUAUCGUCUGUGCCGGAUACAAUGCCAGCCGGGAUGUUGUCACCUUGGUCAAGUCUGUCCUCUUUCACAGGCGGAAUCCUCUACACUUCCACCUCAUUGCUGACUCCAUUGCCGAGCAAAUCCUGGCCACCCUUUUCCAGACCUGGAUGGUGCCUGCCGUGCGUGUGGACUUCUACAAUGCAGAUGAGCUCAAGUCUGAGGUUUCCUGGAUCCCCAACAAACAUUACUCUGGGAUUUAUGGCCUGAUGAAGCUGGUCCUGACCAAGACUCUUCCUGCCAGCCUGGAGAGGGUCAUUGUCCUGGACACUGAUAUCACCUUCGCCACUGACAUUGCAGAAUUGUGGGCUGUAUUCCACAAGUUCAAAGGUCAGCAGGUGCUGGGCUUGGUAGAGAACCAGAGUGACUGGUACCUUGGAAACCUGUGGAAAAAUCACCGCCCAUGGCCAGCCCUUGGAAGGGGCUACAACACAGGUGUGAUUCUCCUGCUUCUGGAUAAGCUUCGGAAGAUGAAAUGGGAACAGAUGUGGAGGCUGACGGCAGAGAGGGAGCUCAUGGGCAUGCUGUCUACAUCCUUGGCUGACCAGGAUAUCUUCAAUGCUGUCAUCAAGCAAAACCCCUUUCUGGUGUAUCAGCUUCCCUGCUUCUGGAACGUGCAGCUGUCGGACCAUACUCGCUCCGAGCAGUGCUACAGAGACGUGUCUGAUCUGAAGGUCAUCCACUGGAACUCCCCGAAGAAGCUGCGGGUGAAGAACAAGCACGUGGAGUUCUUCCGCAACCUCUAUCUGACCUUCCUGGAGUAUGACGGCAAUCUCCUGCGGCGGGAGCUGUUCGGCUGCCCCAGUGAGGCUGAUGUCAACAGCGAAAAUCUCCAGAAGCAGCUGUCGGAGCUGGAUGAGGACGACCUGUGUUAUGAGUUCCGGCGAGAGCGCUUCACAGUCCACCGUACCCACCUGUACUUCCUGCACUAUGAGUACGAGCCGGCUGCCGACAACACGGACGUCACCCUGGUGGCUCAGCUCUCAAUGGACAGGCUGCAGAUGCUGGAAGCCAUCUGCAAACACUGGGAGGGGCCCAUCAGCCUGGCUCUGUACCUGUCGGAUGCUGAGGCCCAGCAGUUCCUCCGUUACGCCCAGGGCUCCGAGGUGCUCAUGAGCCGCCACAACGUGGGCUACCACAUCGUGUACAAGGAGGGCCAGUUCUACCCUGUGAACCUCCUGCGCAAUGUGGCCAUGAAGCACAUCAGCACCCCCUACAUGUUCCUGUCUGACAUCGACUUCCUGCCCAUGUACGGGCUCUAUGAGUACCUCAGGAAGUCUGUCAUCCAGCUCGACCUCGCCAACACCAAGAAAGCAAUGAUCGUCCCGGCAUUCGAGACGCUGCGCUACCGGCUCUCCUUCCCCAAAUCCAAAGCGGAGCUGCUGUCGAUGCUGGACAUGGGGACCCUCUUCACAUUCAGGUACCACGUCUGGACGAAAGGCCACGCACCCACAAACUUCGCCAAGUGGCGGACUGCCACCACGCCUUACCAGGUUGAGUGGGAAGCUGAUUUCGAGCCAUAUGUUGUCGUAAGACGAGACUGCCCUGAGUACGACCGGAGGUUUGUGGGCUUUGGCUGGAACAAAGUGGCUCAUAUCAUGGAAUUGGAUGCCCAGGAAUAUGAGUUCAUCGUGCUACCCAACGCCUACAUGAUCCACAUGCCUCAUGCCCCCAGCUUUGACAUCACCAAGUUCCGUUCCAACAAGCAAUACCGCAUCUGUCUCAAAACCCUGAAGGAAGAGUUUCAGCAGGACAUGUCCCGCCGCUAUGGCUUUGCUGCCCUGAAAUAUCUCACGGCUGAGAACAACAGCUAGCACCAAGAAAGUCACCACUAGGAAGAGACGUGCCACAGGGGAAGAGCCACUUGCUGUCUGGGGUCCAUGCCUUCAAAAAUUGAGCAAUGCUUUGUUUUGGUUUGGGUUUUAGUUUUGUUUUUUUCCUUGGUUUCUUUGGCCCCCACAAAGCUGCUCUCACUUCCAAGAUCAUGGACAAGGAUCCAGCCAGCCUCUGUUGCAUUCCCAGAGUAUAGGAAAGCAGUCCACCAACAGAGGGCACUGUAAGAAUGGGACACAAAAGGGCAGGAGAGAAUCAAGGGUUAUCAAGGUCCCAGGAAGCCACAUGCCCAGGCAGGGGCUUGGCGGUGAUUCUGUUGUCUUUUUAAUAAUGAUGGUUUCAUCCUAGGUGGGGAGAAAGUUUCGAGAGUGCUGGGAGUUAGUCUUCCCAGGAAAUAAAAGCAAGUUUUCUCUUCCUUCAAAGGAAACUUUCUUUUCCCUGCCACAUAGCUGGGUAGCCAAGGGGAGGGCAAGCCAAAGGACCUGAGCCAACCAUCCGGAAGAGCCCCAUGGAGACAUCGUAUGAGCAGGGACCUGGAGGUGAGGUAGAUCGGUUCUUUAUCACUCUUACGUUAUUUUGAUUUGUUUUCGUUCGGGGAUUUUGAUUUUUUUUUUUUUUUUUUGGUCUGGGAAUCCAAAAUAGAAAAUGUGAUCCUUAAGGCUCCCAAGGGAAAACCAUGCUGCCUGUGCCAGCAUCUGUCUAUCAGCUCUGACCCAGCAGGAAGGCCACGCAUCCCCAGCCAGUACUCCCCAGCCGCCAUGGGCAGUUUCCUUCAGGAUUAGCACUGAGGGCCCAUGACUGAGAAUCCAGGGCUACCACAGGGUGUGUUGGGAAUGGCAGACCUACCCCCUGAAUACCAGUCACAUUUUUGCUACGGGCAGAGACUUGGUCAUGAGGAAAGAGCGUUGAAAGGAACCAUUUCAGUGCAUAUGGAAGGUACUACGAGCCUCUCGGGCCUUCAGAAGAACUUGGAUUGUCAUGGGAGCCCAAUCUGGAGACUCAACACAGAGGCCUGAAGGCCACAGGGAAAGCAGGGUUGGGUUUCUCUGCGUUGUUCCCCGCUUGGCUGUGGAUGGGGGAGGUGAGGACCUCAAGUCUCCCCUCGGGACCUGUCUGAGAGUUGGCAAGCACCUCCCCUUGACGCAGUUAGAGGAGACACUGGACUUUUUACCCAUUUUCUUUACUCUUCACUAUUAAUGUUGUGUUUACAUUGAUGAGAACAAGAGUUAUUGCCCUACCCUCUGCUGGGCUGUUUGUAUUGAGUUGCCAUGUGACCACCGAAAGCUACAUUCAAUAAAGGAAAGUACAGACUGUU